AUGACAUUAAGCUGUAUCCAUUUUUUUAUUUAUAGGGUAGUUGAAAUUAGGACAAAAUAUUUUAGAUUUAUAUUACAUGAUGAAAAAUGAAUCAAACUUCUAAAAAUAGAAAAUUCAUUACUCGAUUACAUUUCAGGAUUCAAUUUUUGAUUGA